GCCGAGACGCGGCCUGUGAGGGUGCGUAUUACCCAGGGCCGGUGUGGGGGGAGCUUCGCUGCGAGGCCGGCACACGGGGCCGGAGGGAGCGGAGAGCGGAGCAGGGUUUUUUUUUUUCCUCCUCAAUAAUUUGAAGCCCCAGAGACCAAAUCAUGGAUUUUCAGCAUCGACCUGGAGGUAAAACCGGGAGCGGAGGCGUCGCCUCGGCCUCGGAGAGUAACCGGGACCGCAGGGAGAGGCUCCGGCAGUUGGCGUUGGAGACAAUCGACAUCAACAAGGAUCCCUAUUUUAUGAAAAAUCACUUGGGCUCUUAUGAAUGCAAACUCUGCUUGACGCUGCACAACAAUGAGGGAAGCUACUUAGCACAUACCCAAGGGAAAAAGCAUCAGACCAACUUGGCACGCAGAGCUGCCAAGGAAGCUAAAGAAGCCCCUGCCCAGCCUGCACCAGAAAAAGUCAAAGUGGAAGUGAAAAAAUUUGUGAAGAUCGGACGACCAGGUUACAAAGUGACCAAACAAAGAGAUCCAGAAACAGGACAACAGAGUCUCCUCUUCCAGAUUGAUUAUCCAGAGAUUGCUGAAACCAUCAUGCCAAGGCAUCGGUUCAUGUCUGCAUAUGAACAAAGAAUUGAGCCCCCAGACAGGCGCUGGCAAUAUCUUUUGAUGGCAGCAGAGCCCUACGAAACGAUUGCUUUCAAGGUGCCAAGCAGGGAAAUUGACAAAGCAGAAGGAAAGUUUUGGACCCACUGGAAUAGAGAAACCAAACAGUUUUUCCUUCAGUUCCAUUUCAAGAUGGAGAAGCCUCCAGCUCCUCAAAGUAUCCCUCCUGGGCCCCCAACUGUGAAGAGGCCUCCACCACCCCCACUGAUGAAUGGCUUGCCCCCCAGGCCACCCUUGCCAGACUCUCUGCCACCGCCGCCUCCUCCAGGAGGCAUGCCCUUGCCACCCAUGCCUCCCUCUGGGCCUGUACCGCCCCCAGCACCACCUCAGCUGCCACCAACUCCUGGGGUACCUCCUGCUCCACUGCCACCAAUGAUGAGACCACCUCUGCCCACGGAGGGGCCAGGGACUAUUCCCCCUCCACCUCCUUCCAACUGAAAAGCUUUUCCUGGACUCUCUCAGUGGACUUCUUUGAUUUGUGUAUUUUACUUGCACACCACAUCCUGCUCAGAGAUGAUAAAUAUUUGUCCUUUUUAUAUGCCAGUGGUUUUUGCCUAAAUCUUGUAGAUUCAUUAAAAGGCUUUCAACUUUA